CGAAAGCGGAUACGUGGGGACAGGGUCUUAGUUGUUAACCUUGAACAACCUCUUGCGAACAAGAGGUUUCUUUGCUCUGUUUCCGACGGUGGCCGAACAAUUUUUUUUUUUGCUGAUUUGGCUAAUUUAGUGGGUAUUUAAAAAAAGAGUAGUUUGGCAUAAAAAAGAGGAGAGGAAGAGAUUUCGGAAAGGGAAAACCUUGGGUCUAUCUAUGUCUUCAAAGUUGGCCAACUAAAAAGCGAAAAUAGUCUGCCUUUUCAGUGUUUUGUCGAAUUUUCCAUCGAAAACAACGAUGCAAGAAGAAAAAAAAUAGACAUCUUUGGCGUGUCUACCCCAAUAGUAGAUGUUUCGUACUUUUAUUUUGCCAUUUAAGUAAACAUUGUUGAGGACAAAUGAAAAGAGACAUGCGCACAAAAGAAGAAUUUGUCCUAAACAUCAUAUCUGUGUGCGAGACAUCAUGGUCAUGGCCACCAGCAAAAGAUGAUGAUUAAAACCUCAUCCAAACGAAAACUCACACUAAAUGCAACGUCUAAUACGUUUCACCAGCUUGGCUACCGGUUUUCUAAAUGACGACCAGACGCACUUGAAUGGCUUACCUGUACGUCACCUGCCCAUCUCAUGCUGGGAGCGCGGGGAACUCUGGGAAAGGAUCAACCCAAACAAGAAUAUUCUUUUGUGUCGGAAAGGAAUGUUUUCACUGUUUCUUGAUCUUUGAUAAUUUUCCCAAAGAACACAGAGAUAAGCGUGUGAAUGUGGACACAAGAAAAUGAAAUCCUAAGACAAAACCCAAGGCUGUUGUAAACGCACGAUGAGGUGGUAUUUGGUGACGCUUGGCGUUAUUUUAUUUCCCUUGGUAACGUUCAGUAUGGUACCUAGGGACGAGUGGCCUCAGAUAGGGAACGAAGUCACUCAGGAUCUCUUGGACGAGAUUCAGGGAUACGAUGAGAUCCUCAACAAGCCUCUAUCAGUCGGCUUCUUUCUAAGGGGCACCGAGGGACCUCCUGGACCACAAGGGACCAAGGGCCCUCCAGGCUCUCAGGGGCUCUCAGGCGUACAGGGCUACCCAGGCGCUCCUGGCCCCCGAGGGCGUAGCCCACCCGGGCCUCCCGGAAUACCCGGACCUCGCGGACUUCCAGGAUAUAGAGGCCCCAAGGGACCUCCAGGAUAUCAGGGGAUGCCCGGGAUUGCAGGCGCGCCGGGACCUCGUGGACCACCUGGUCCUAUGGGCCCUCCUGGUCCCCACGGCUGUGCGUCCUGUGUUGAUUACACAAGAUCCUCCAACACUAUACCUUCGAAUGCUAUCAUAGCAUGCGAGGGUGGAAACAUCUACCUCGCUUGUGGCCCAAACCAGAUGGUCAAAAUUACCCAGGCGUUCUGGGGACGAGACAACUACUACACAUGCGCAAAUAAUCCCAAUAUGACAUCACGAGAGCUGGCGACUGACAUAGAGACGGAUCACGUGGUACGCACGCUGAAGACGUACUGCGCAGGUCAGCAUUCGUGCCAGGCCCCUGCGACCAGGAAGACAUUUGGUGACGAGUUGCAGCCAAGGGUGUCAAAAUAUUUGAAGGUCUGGCAUGAAUGCAUCCCAGCCAACGAUAUAAGCUCUCCACCCUUUCAACGCCUCAAACGAGAGGGACUCGCGGACAAAGUCAAGUUGAAUCGAGAGUUCUUCCUUCCAUUCAAAGACGAGACUGCAGCAAAAAGUCUCCAUAUCCGCUCUUCUGAUAAAGGUGAUUCGGGCAAAGCUGUCAGUGGAGUUCGUGCAGGGCUAGACUGGGACAAAAGCAACAAGCAAAUUAACAAAACGUCUGGGGUAGGGAGAGCAGAGAAGACGAGCGAACGGAGCUUCGCGCAGGUCAUUGAAGACAUGAUGAACAGCCAAUCGCAAUAACGCGCUAGCAAUCAUGACGUCAGGUGCUACCAUUAUGACGUCCCCGGUUCUGACGACGUUAGGUCUUGUUGAUGACGUCAGAAUCAUAGAAAUAGAAGGCUGGAUGAACAUCGUUCUGUCAUUGUUUAUCUCGCAUAUUUUCGACAAUGUACUAUCGACUACUUAAUGAUAGUAAUUAUGUAAAAUUAAGAUAAAGACGAUAGAGGUUAAUAAUUGCCCUACCCCUUAUAAAUAGUAAAAAAAAGUAAACAGCUCUUAUGAACGCGAAAA